AUGGCUGCUUUUCUUCCACUUGGUGUUGUUUUCAUUCCUAAUGAUGAGAUUCUUAUUGGCUAUUACCUUGCCAACAAAAAUAAGGAAGAUCUCCAUAUUUUCAAUGGCUCACACAUGAUUAAAGAGAUGACCCUAUAUGACUCUGAUCCCUUCGAAUUGUCUCCCGCGUCAUCCUAUUCAAUCUACAAUGGUAGGCACUGGCACUGGUAUUGUUUUACUACAAAAAUUAACGAGGAAAGAAGACAUUGCAAGACCGGGUUUUGGAAGAAGAAAGGAAAUGUUCAAAGAACUAAUUGGGCUAUGUAUGAAUAUGCUUUGGUAGACAAUACGCAGGCUGGUUUUGUUCUUUCUAGAAUAUUUGAUUGCCCCAUAGAGAUGGACGUGGAUGAUGAAUUUGGGCCUUUAUCUGAUGUUGAUGAAACUGAUUGUGAUGAAAGUGAUAACGUGCUUGAGAAAUUCGACGUAUGA